ACCGCGAACCUCCCGAUUCAUCCCGGUCUCUCUCUCUUCCCCUCCCUGCCUCUUCCUCGUCCUCCGCUCUGCAAUUCCGCAAAUCCCGAACCGAAGCAAGGAAGCGAGCGAGCGAAUCCAGCAUGAUUAGCAUUCUAGCUCGGGAGCGCCUGCUUGGCGCAGCUCUGGGCGGCGCGCUCGCCGGAGCGGUGGUGCUCGAGGAGCGGAAGAGGAUAUACCGGUCCAUUUCCGAUGAUCGGUCUCGCCUCGCCGCCCAAGCUCAGAAAAGUGAGCUGAUAUUUGGAAAAGAAUUUCGCUCAGAAUUGGCACACCUGUGGAACAAGUCAGUGGAUAGGACGUUGGGACCUGUAAUAGAGUAUCUUAGCUCUCGUGGGUGGUAGAAAAAUCUGAGCUCCUCGCAAUACAUGGAACUUCAUAAUUUUUUUGAAAUAACUUCUGUAAUGUCCUUCCUAUAUUUGUAUCUCUCCAUUUCCUCUUUAAUGGACCUGCUUCUUCAGUUAGGCCCAUUGGAUAUGAACCCUGGUUAUAGUUUUCCCUGUGCCGAUAUCACUUCAAUGCUGUUGUCCUUUCAUUUGACUCAUUGUAUCAUUUACGAGAUUGAAACUGAAUCCUUUUGGACCUUCCAUUUUGAUUCACCGAAUCGGCCUGUGAAUCUAUUUUGAUGUU